AUGAGGCAAUCAUUCAAAACUGUUGCAAUUGCUUCUAUUCUACUUAUCUUUUUCGUUAUUUCCUAUUUAAAAAACCCAUAUCGAGCUUCAAAUCUAGACAUAAUUGUUACUGUGGUUCCUAAAAAUGGCAAUUCGGAGAAUAUGAAAGAGCUACUACAAGGCAUUCUUGACGACUUCAAGGACUACUUCCAAUCUGUCUUGAAAGGAAAGAUUAAGCAUGAAUAUAAUAUUAUAUUUUAUGGUCUAUCUGUGGAGUUGAAUAAUGACGCUUUGCUACAAGCCAAGCUUUCCGAUGUCGUGAAUAAGGAUGUGGAUACCGAAGACUUCGAUACUGUUAAGGAAGGACUAACAGAAAUUUUAACUAAUUUGAGAAAGAAAGAUAUAAGGAAGAAUGAGAUUAUUAUUGAUGUCAGUGAAGACUUGGAUGUCUCAACUUCCACCUAA